AUGGCGACAGGGCGAGUCGAUGUUUUGAGGAGAAGGGAUUCUUAUAAUUAUUCCAAAAGAGAAUUUGAAUCUUAUAGGAAUGGGGUUUGUCGAGGUGAUGACGUCAAACAUAAGAAUGGAUUCCAUUUACCUUCCAAUGUGCGCAAUUCAGGAGGGUCUGAACGGUCGUCAAAUUCCUCAGAACCGUGUUCUAAGAAUAGCAAAACCCGAAAGAGUGAAUGUUUGGUUCAAUUGCCUCCUGAGAAGAAGAGGAAGUUUUCUCCUAUUAUAUGGGACAGAGAAGAGAAGCAAGUGAGAGUCUCAUCAAAGAAUAGAGUUGUUCCAGUUAUUCCUCCGUCCCCUGCUCAUCCAACCUCAGUUCAGAACGUUCUUUUUGAUGGGGUUGUUUCAAAGUCUCCAGUUACGGUGUUUAAGUCUCAGGAAGUGGAGGUCUCUGAACCCUCUGUGGCAGAUUGUUUGGAGGGUAGUUGUCAAUUGGAGGCUCCUGCUGAUUUGUCUACACAGCUGCAUUCUGAGCAGUCCGGGCAAGAUGAGCAGGCUAAAAAAAACAUGGUCCAUCCACCCAACAUCUCUUUGUCAAGAUGGGCAUCUGAUAGUGAUUCUCCAAGGGCUCCAAGGGCUCCAAGGGCUCCAAGGGCUCCAAGGGAUAUUGCUGACGACCCGUGCAGUUCUCCUGAAAGCGGGGAGAUCCAAAGGGAAGGCUCGGGGGGGAGCCGGACCAGAGUUUCUAGCUCUGACGAAGAAAGCAGCUUUGAGACGCCUGGAGAAAAAUAUUAUGGAGAAGAGUUUUGUGACAAAAACAUGAAUUUUGAUAAACAUGAUGGGAAUGCUGGCGUUGGCAUUAAUCAGUUGUACUCUGAGUCAGAGUCUGAUUCAGAAGAUGAUGUUGAUCUUCCGAAGAUUGAAGAGCCUGCGGUGCCUAUGCAAGGAAGUAUAAACAUGCUUCAGGGUUGCAGAAGUGUGUUUGAGUAUGAAAAACUCAACAAAAUAAAUGAAGGCACUUAUGGUGUUGUCUAUAGAGCCAGAGAUAAAAAGAGUGGAGAAAUUGUAGCAUUAAAGAAGGUGAAGAUGGAUGUUGAUAAGGGAUGUGAUGGUUUCCCAAUGUCAGCAUUGAGAGAAAUAAACAUUCUUUUGUCUUUUAAUCACCCUUCGGUUGUAGGUGUUAAGGAAGUUGUUAUGGACGACUUUGAUGGUGUUUAUAUGGUCAUGGAGUAUAUGGAAUAUGACCUCAAGGGGCUAAUGGAUUCUAUGAAACAGCCAUUUAGUAUAGGUGAAGUAAAGUACUUGAUGCUACAGCUUUUGAACGGUGUAGAGUAUCUUCAUGACAAUUGGGUCCUUCACAGAGAUCUGAAAUCAUCAAAUCUCCUUGUGAACAAGGAGGGUGAGUUGAAAAUAUGUGACUUGGGGUUGUCACGCCAGUAUGGGAGUCCACUGAAGCCAUAUACUCCUUUGGUUGUCACUCUCUGGUACAGGGCACCUGAAAUUCUAUUAGGUACAAAACAGUACUCUACAGCAAUUGAUAUGUGGUCGGUUGGUUGCAUAAUGGCUGAAUUGUUGGCAAAAGACGCAUUGUUCAAAGGGAAAACUGAAGUUGAUCAGAUUGAUAAGAUCUUCAGAAUGCUUGGUACACCAGAUGAGAAAAGUGGAUUAUCCAAAUUGCCAGCCUUCAAAGUUAAUUCUGUUAAACAACAGUGCUACAAUCAUCUGCGCAAGAAAUUUCCUGCUGCAUCUUUCACUGGCUCAUCCCCAGUGCUCUCUGAAUCGGGGUUUGAUCUGUUGAAGCGGCUCUUAUCAUAUAACCCUGCGGAGCGAAUAACAGCAAAGGAUGCUCUCAACCAUAACUGGUUUCGUGAGUCUCCCGAACCGAGAUAUGAUUUCAAGCCAAUUACUCCUGAUCUGCAUUCAAGACCGGUACCUAAGCAGCAGGCAGUCUGCAAAGCACAACACAUGACUGUAGGGCCCUUUAGGAUCGCUACGGCAAAGGAGUUGCCUGGAGAGUUGGUGGGCAGUAAUGGUUUGUCCUUUUAA